AUGGCGCCCAAGAAGAAGAAGUCCGGCCCUUCGGCCCAGCCAUCCACCUCAGACGCCGUGGGGUAUGCGGGGACGGGCGAGGACGUGAGCGCUGCUGGGGGUGUGGCAGGAACAGGUGGCGCCAUCACCACUCCCCCUGCAGUCGACACGGGGGCUAAAGGCGUCGGAGGAGAACAACUUCAGCAACGUUUUGACGGUCAAGCUCCACAAGGUGCGGACGGGAGGGUGACUCCGCUUGCACCCCCUCCUCCCACCUGCGGGGGCAGCCACAGCAAUGGCGCUCGGUCCGGGGUGAGCCACCGCCCUCCGGCGUCCCUACUACGGGGGCGGUCGCGGCACGUGCGUCUCCUCCCAGGCGCGCCGACCCAACCACCGCAACUGAUGGAGCCGCAGACCCUCGAGCGCCAUCAUCACGCGACCCUGCUGCCCAGGUGGCCGCCCCACCGCAGCGCGGGCGCGCCACCGCCGCCGCCGCCGCGGGCACCGUCAGGAGCCAAGCGACGGUGCAGUUGA